AUGAAGGUUUCCGCUUUCCUCUCCUCCGUUGCCGUCACCCUGGCCUCCAUUGGCUCUGCCAAUGCCGCCACUCCCCUCUGCGCCAUCACUUGCUUCACUGCUGUCAUGAACCACGAGGCUGCCAAGACCUGCACCGAGGCCAACAUGUUCCUCUGCAUGUGCAAGAUCAAGGCCCUGACUCUGGCCUACCGUGACUGCGCCUGUUCCAGCUGCCUUACCCCCCAGAGCAAGCUGGAUGCCAUUGCCACUGGCAAGGACAUUUGCAACCAGUACCAAGCUCCCGUUGCCUGGCUCCCCGAUACCUGCCCUGCUUAA